AUGACGCCGAUUGUGCUCUUAUUAGUAGCAGUGUACCUUGGGACUACGGUAGUCGCGCAAAUCACACCAGUGCCUAAAAUCGAGAUCACGCCGAUACCGAUUGAUAAAACCGACCCGAAUGUGAAAGAAUUUCAGCGAAUGGAUGCGAACAAGGACAAUCAAUUGACGUUCGCCGAAUUCAUUUUGUCGGAUCGGCCGUUUCUCGAGCACCAAUCGCGGCGAUUCCACAAUUUCGAUUUGAACGGCGACGGCAUCGUCACGAAAAAAGAGUUUGAGGACUAUCACAAGAAGCUGGAGAAGACGAAGCGUCGCACCGAUUUGUUCUUCAACAAAUUCAAUCGCGAGCGUCGUGAUCCGUUCGACUCAUCGUUCUUCCAGGGACCAUUCGAGCACAAACUCGACGACGACGGCGGCUCACGCGAGCUUCACAACCCGCCAAUGAUGCUAUUGUGA